AAAGCUUUUUGUUUUUCGUCGUAUAAAAUAAUUUGUUUACGCAAUAGAUACUUUAACUGUUUAACUUCUUGUAAUUUGACAUAAUUGUUAUAAGUAACGCAUCAGUGCUUGCAUAUUUAUAAGUAUUUCAAUAUGGCGGCACAAGGGCGAACAACACGUUCUUCUUCCGUAUUUCAAGGGUCGACAGAAGAUUAUGAUUACAACUGUGACGCUUGUUUGACCAGUGAUCAACAAGUGGAAGCUUAUGGAUAUUGUUUUGAUUGCAAGGAUUAUUUGUGCAUAACUUGUUACAAAUCACAUGGAAAAAACAGGGCGUCUAGACACCAUAAACUGCUGGAUAAUAUUGAUAAUAUACCAGCAAACGCUUCUACGUUACCAGAAGAUACUUGUGUAGACAAAUGCUCUGUGCAUGCUAACGAAAUAAUUAAGUUUUUCUGUGUUGAACAUUCAAUCCUUGGAUGCAGCGAUUGUGUGACACUGGAACACAGAACUUGUACCAUUGACUACAUACCUGAAAAAUGUCAAGGAAUUGAAGAUACUACCGAGUACAGCGUUACAAUACAGAAACUAUCGAACUUGCUUGAACAAAGUAAUGCCGUAAAGGCCAAGGCUACUGAUAAGAUAUGUGAACUAGAACAAACUCAGACCAAUGUUGUGGAUGACAUAAACAGGUUUCAGAAAGAACUAAAUGAACAUAUAGAUGAACUUAAGAAACAAAGUAUACACGAAUCGGAGCGGGUGAAGAAAUUAAAGGAAAAUGAUAUUCGAAAUGUUAUUGAUACAUGUGACGAAUUAACUUCAAAUAUCAGACAAAUCCAGUCUAGUUUGAAACAUACCACAGCUGCAAAACUGGAUUGCCAGACAUAUGUGUCAGUAAAACGAGGCGAAAACCUAGUAACUUCUCAAGACAUUAAAGUGCUUGAAAAAGCUCUAGAGAAAAUCGGUACCAAGUUUAUGUUUGAGCGCAACACAGACAUAGCGAGCAGUUUAUGUCAGACUGGGUUUGGCAAGCUAUCAGGAUCUGCUGCCCCAGUAGUACCAGUUAGAACAUUACACAGAGCAGCGGAUAGUUGUCCAUCUGCAACCCUGGCACGAGCUUAUGGUAUUCACGGGCCACAUCAAGCGCGAGUUCAGUCAGACCCUUUGAGUACGGAAGAGUGGUACCAUGGCGAGAUCGACCGAUUUGACGCUGACAAGAGAUUGACUGCUGUUGGACAGGACGGGACAUUCUUGGUACGUAAGAGUAUUCAUGGAGAUAAAAGCCAGCCGUACUCUCUCGCUGUUCUUUACAGUGGUCAUAUAUACAACAUCAAGAUAAGGAAAACGCAUGACGGGAAGAUGGUCCUCGGGGAAGACAGGGAGGGUAUCCGGAAUCAUAAAUUUGAAGGCGUACCAGAAUUAAUUUGCUUCUACAAGAACAACCAUGUUGUAUUGGCAAAUGCAAUGGAUGGAAAACAAUAUGAUACAACGCUGAAUCAACACGCCGUAAACACUAAAAGCACCAGCUGAUGUUUCAAUUCCUACCUUCCGUGAAUCCAUUUAUUGUCCUAAUCAUCGUCUGAAUCAUUAGUUACAUUAAAAUACAUUAUAUCACAGGUGUUUGAAGCUCUAUCAAUGAAAUAUAUGAGCAGGUUAGAUCUCUUGAACAGAUCGUUAUAGAUCUAUAUUAGGUGGGUGGGAUAUGGUAAUGCAUAUAUUUAUUGACAGAGCUUCAAGCGCCUGUGGUUAUAUUUAGCACAAUAAAGUAUAGUAUUAAACUACGGUGGUUGAUUUCGUACAUUUUGUGGUGUCGCGUUAGCGUACCAUCGUUAUGCCGCGUGCGCCAUCGCGCCAUUAUGAAUUUUUGAAAGAUUUGUGCGUCGUUUUUGCGCGCAUCCCAACUCAACAAAAACUAACUUACAAUGUGACAUACCGUGAUACAGAACGCGACCCAAAGAAACAUUUAAUUUCUUGGCGGCAAACUUGCCAUUCACAAAGACUUUGUUUUGUGUAUUGUUGCGGGCGACAAAACGAAACAAUAUGUUUCGUUAAGUCAAGCUGGUGUGCACGCAAUCAUGCAGCAAACUUCGUUGUGUCGUCCUGACGUGCGCCAACGUGAGAAAGCGAAACAAUUGAUUUCGUCUUUGUUAAAACGAGAUCUUUGUUAAUGGCGCGCACGUCAAUUCGAAGGAACGAAACAUUUCAUUUUGUUUUAGCGUGUGACAACCCGAAAUUGUUGCCGAUGGCAUACGCACCCUCAUGGAAUAAAAUGUUUUGUUCUGUUGCGUUCUAUGUUUUGCUAUGUCGCGUUCUUAGUAUCGUUUUUUCUCGAGUUAGCAUGCGUGCAAAAACGACACAAAAGUCUUUCAAAAUUCCGUCAUUGUGCUUUGGCGCACGCGCAAAGGACGACACAACGAAAUGUGUCCCAUUAAUCGGCGUUAUACACCAAUGCGACAUAACGAAAUGUCCUAAAGCACUUUACAUAUUAAGCGGGUUUACUGAGUUUGCUCCAUGUACUUCAUAUCUUUUCAGUGUUGUUUUACAUUGAAUUUUAGAUUUUGCUUUACAUUUAUAAAUUUGCAUAGCGUUUAGAAUUUGUUUCACAUGUAUACAUUUUAUAUCGUUUACAAGUUGCUUCACAUUUAUAAUUUUCUUACUGUUUAGAUGUUGAUUCACAUUCAUUCUUUUCAUAUCGUUUAUAGAUGGCUUCACAUUUAUAAAUUUCCAUAUCGUUUAGAUUUUUAUUUUACUUUAAAGUUUGUAAUUUCCUUACCAUUAAGAUAUUUGCUUACAUAUAUAUUUUUCAUAUCGUUUAGAUAUUGCUUCACGUUUAAAGAUUUUUAUAUUGCAAUGUAUAUGUUUAGCCAUCUCCUUUUGGUAAGUAUUAAUAAUACCAUGCUGAUAAAAAUGAACUAAACUUAUACUGUAAUAUCCGAGACCUAUGUGGAAGGGAAUGAAACCUGAAAAUUGAGUGGCACAUAAAUACAUGCUUAAUGAUGCAGAUCAUUUCGAAUAGAAGUAAAGCCAUACUGCAUGGCCAGACCGCUACCACUAGCGGGCAGAAAUUCCGUGUGCAAGCAUAUAUAAGUUAACGCAAAACAACACGAUAUCACCAAUGGCUAACAUAGCACUUAGUCUAGCGUUAUGUGGCUUCGUGUGACCUUAUUCGAGAGGUAAAAAAUAAAGUUGUGAAAUAUAAUUACUUCAAGAAAUAAGACAAUCCUGGAUGUAACAUUUGGAAUAGUUACUCCUUUGUUUUACCAGUUUACAAGCGUAGCACGGAAACUUCCACCCAUUGCAUCAGGCAUAAACUAGAUUUCAUAUAUGUACAGUAGUUACGUACAAUGUAACUGUUGGAGAUAUACUGUUACAGAUUUUUGUAUUGGAUUUUAACUGCUUCUAAUUGCUUUUCUAUCUACUCGAAAUACGUCAGCAUACAUUUAGGUUGCAUUUUCUUUAAGAUCAAAUAAUUCCAAACUGAGUAAUAUUCGCGUCGAGCAUAUGUGAUUCAUUAUAAACAUAUUGUAUUACAUAUUAUAAUGGCAAUUAAAAUUUAUUUUAAAGUAAUAUUAUUAAGGUAGUGGACCCGCAUAAACAAUCGACAAUUUCUUUGUGAUUACGUAUUUUCGAAAAUAUUCCGGCAUUUUUCGGUCAUAAUAUAACAUUUUAUUCUAACAACAAUAACUUGAGAAUGCAGAAUCGUAAACUGGGAAAACGUUAUUGAAUGUAAUUACGGGCCCACUACCUUAACAUAUAAUUGCUAUUGUUUAUGAUAGUAUUUGUUUGUUUGUUUUGUUUUGGGUUUAACGCCGUUUUUCAACAGUAUUUCAGUCAUGUAACGGUGGGCAGUUAGCCUAACCAGUGUUCCUGGAUUCUGCACCAGUACAAACCUGUUCUCCGCAGGUAACUGCCAACUUCCCCACAUGAAUUAUCAGAGAUGGAUGACUAAUGAUUUCAGACACAAUGUGUUUUAUUAAAUCGUCAAGGAGAACAUACGCCCCGCCCGGGGAUCGAACUCGCGACCUUGCGACCCGUAGACUAACGCUCUCCCUACUGCGCUAAGCGGGCGGGCGUUUGUUAUUAUAAUAUCAUCCAUUUACAAACAUCAAUAUAAAAUAUACAUCCAAUACCAUUAAAUGAUGUAAACGGUUAUCCUUUUCCAGAAUAAAAGAUAAUUCUAUUACUGACUAAUGUAAUUAUAAAACUGACACUAAAAGUUCAGUAACAUGUUAAACCACCAUGAUUAUAGUACCAAUGUUAACUCUUCAGCGAGUAUCUCUGCAACUACAUAAUAGUUAAUAGAUAUUUCUUACAGGCUAAUAGCGCCCAAAUCUGAAAGCUUUUAUAUGGUGGCAAACAAUACUUAAGUACAUUAGCUGAGAUCAUAUCCGUUGAGGGGAUGACCUAACUGGAGCUCACAAUUAGAUUUAAUUUUUAACUCAUGUGCUGAGUAAUAUUUACGUAUCCAAUUUAGAAAUUUGAUUAUCAUGGAAUUGAAAGUCAAAUAAUAUUAUCUUACACACACGACUCAGAACCCAUUUUUAGAUUCUUAAAGAUUUUUAUCCCAAAAGUAUUAUACUAAAGAUCCCGUCUUCUUUUCCAACUUUCAUCUUUUCUCUGAUGAGGGGACUGUUCUCAUGGAUCAACUCCUACAAAUAACAGCAGGAAACCGGCCAUAGCGAUGAAACAAAUGCCAAAUAUUGAAAUUCGUUUACGAAUACACAUCUUA